AUGUGUAAUAUUCAAAUGGAUCUAUGGACGGAAUUGUUCCUGCUGAAUGCCUCAUCGAAGUUUGAUUUUGAUGAUAAAAAUAAUGCCAGUAACGGUAAUGCUUGGUAUAAAGACCGUUCUGAUACUCAGGAAAAGAUAGUUCCUAAAGGUUUCAAUGAUGAAGAAUCCUUUGAUACAAGCGGCGGAUCUAGUUUCAUAGAAAGUCUAAUGUCAAACAUGGAUGGUUUUUUCUCCACAGCUUCUACCAUAAUGGAGUCUUUAUCGCCGCUGAAAGAGUACACUACUGAUUAUUCGAAAAUAGAGAACCGUGAGUCGGUGUAUGGGAUCCCACAUGGUUCUAAAUUUUUUGUUAUCAAGUCUUUCAACGAAAGAAACGUUAAACUUGCACUACAAAAUAGUGUAUGGUCUUCGACACGCAAAGGGAACAGAAGACUUGAGAGAGAAUACCAUAGUCUUGCACCAGGUGCUAAACUUUUCUUAUUAUUUUCUGUUAACAAAUCUGGUAAAUUCUGUGGCAUUGCAGAGAUGUGCUCGGAUCUCAUAGAAAAUGAUCCUCGCGCCAAUAUUUGGGAAACACAUACUGAUUCGUACACUUUCCCACAUUUAUUCCAGAUAAAAUGGUGGUAUGUGAACGAUGUGAAAGUGCGUAGAUUCAAUCAUUUGGUUUGGGAAACUGAUGGUGAACAGAAAUCAUUGGGCCAUGGACGUGAUACAGAAAUUGUUCCGUUCAAUAUUGGACACGAAAUUGUUGCUAUUUUCCACAACUCAUAUACUAAAUCGUCUCUACUAUUUUAA